AUGACCAUGACGAGGCACGACCAAUCAGCUCAUAUGUGCGCAACGCUGCAACUCUUGGGACGUUUACGUGAUCUGAGGAGCAGGAAGCAGCACAUUGUUCUUAAUGGCGAAAACCUCGACAUUGCUUCCGUUGUUGCUGUCGCCCGUCAUGGAGUUGAGCCUACCAUCAGCACAGAUGAAUUUCUGACCAAGAGACUUGAGAUCUCUGUCGACACUCUGGCCGAUGUGAUUUCUCAGAAAUGUGUCAUCUACGGUGUCAACACCGGUUUCGGUGGUAGUGCCGACACUAGAACCAACGAACUCAUCGACUUGCAGACCCACCUGCUCCAAUUUAUCCAAAGUGGAAUCAUCACUGCCGCCGACCGAGAUCCGGCCAUCAACUCGGAGCGGGAACCAUCUCAUGUCAUGCCUCUCCCCUGGGUUCGAGCCGCCAUCGUGGCUCGAGCCAAUCAGAAUCUCCGGGGUCAUAGUGCCAUCCGCAAGUGCGUGCUCAAGAGCCUGAUUGACCUGCUGCACAACGACAUUACUCCCCUAAUUCCACUUAGGGGAAGCAUUUCUGCAUCAGGGGAUCUUAUGCCCAUGGCGUACAUUGCUGGAGCAAUCAUGGGCAACCCAGAUGUAUUUGUGCAAGUGGGAAAGGGCGCACAAGCCAGAGUUAUGCCUUCCUCAGAGUCGUUGAAGAUGAGCGGGCUCUCCCCGUCCGGACUCGGCCCAAAGGAGGGAUUGGGGCUAAUCAACGGCACUGCCCCUUCUGUGGCAGUAGCAAGCCUGGCACUAUAUGAUACACAGCAGCUUGCGUUAUUGUCUCAAAUGCUGACGGCUUUUGCUUCUGAGUGCUUGGCUGGAAAUGUAGAGUGGGCUCACCCUUUUAUUCACGCUACUCGACCCCACACUGGGCAAAUCGAGGUGGCAAGCAAUAUCCGGCGCUUUUUGAAGGGCUCCAAAUUUGUUGUUGGGUUAGAGUCGCAGAAGACAUCUGGCGAUGGACUCUGUCAAGAUAGAUAUUCGACAAGAACAGCUCCUCAAUGGAUUGGGCCCUACCUUGAGGACCUUCUCCUGGCGCAGCAUCAGCUCGAAGUCGAGCUCAACUCCACAUCGGACAACCCUCUGGUAGACACUAGCAUGCAAGAUGAUGGUUCCAGUGGGAGAGUAUACUCCGGUGGAAACUUCCAAGCAGCUGCCGUCACGUCGGCCAUGGACAAGGCUCGUUUGGCCAUUCAGAUGAUCGGACGAAUGCUUUGGUCUCAGGUUACUGAGAUUAUCAAUCCUGCUACAAACAACGGACUCGAGGCCAACCUAAAUGCUACCGCACAAGAGAACUUCACCAUGAAGGGAAUCGACAUCAACAUGUCGGCGUACAUGUCUGAAUUGGCAGCUCUGGCACACCCAGUCUCUGCUCACGUCAUGUCAGCUGAGAUGCAUAAUCAGGGUAUCAACUCCCUGGCUCUGAUUUCCGCCCGGCGCACUCUAGAGGCUGUGGAUUUGUUGGCACACAUGAGUGCUUGUCAUAUAUAUGUCUCGUGUCAGGCAGCGGAGAUCCGCGCAAACCACGUCCUAUUUCUUUCAACACUCCGCAUCAAGAUGGAGGACUUCACCGCAAGCGGAGCAUUACAUGGACUCGGAUUGAAGGGGUUUCAGAUUGAGAUCCUAUGCGGGUUACUCCUCCCCAUCGUGCAGUCAAGUUGGUAUCGCGCAAACACCAAUACUUGGAAAACCCGUGUCUUGUCUGUAGUUGAUGCCGUUAUGUCAUCAGUGAACGAAUUUAUCGCCACUCACAACCCCGACUGUUCAGUGUCAACGAUCAUAACCUUUAAGACGCGUUUCCAUGGCAUCGUGUCCAGCACAGCCGAGGAAAUGUUUUAUCCCAGCCCGACUAUUUCCCCCGAUGACGUGGCCAGACAGCUUGGUGGGGGUACUGCACAGCUUUAUACCUGGGUACGCUCGAAACUCAAUAUCCCCAUGAACUGUGGCCUCCAAGACGAUCCUUUGUAUAACGCCCAGAAGGGCUUUCCAACAAAAGGAAAAAGGAGCAUCGGAAGCUCGGUGAGCAUGAUAUAUGAGAGCUUGCUUGGGGGCGAAAUGAUGGAUAUGAUUCUAGAGGGUCGGAUGCUGGACGAGGCUUAG